AUGAACACAGUCUUGUUUCUAACUACUAUCUGCGUCCUUGGAGUAGACGUACUCGCGAAAAGAAAUCCCGUUCUGAGGGACGGCUUGUUCGAGGGCGAUCAGUUCACGCCGAUUGCGGACUUCACCGAUGAGUUCAGGGGCACCUUCAACCACGACAAGUGGUACAACAUAAACCCUCGAUGGAAGGGCCGUCAGCCUGGCCUAUUUGCUACCAAGAAUGUCAAGCAAAAGAGAGGCAAAUUGUUGUUGAAGGGGCGAUACGAGGAUGAGAACAGCACGGCAUUUGAUGGUGCACCGGAUGGCUACGAGACUUACACUACUUCCUAUGUCAUGUCUAAAAAGAGCGCAAGGUAUGGCUACUUCGAGGUCAAAGCCAAACCCUCCAACUCUCGCCUCUCCUCUUCAUUCUGGGGCUCCUUAGAUACCCCCACCAAGUGGACAGAAAUUGAUGUCUUCGAGCUUGGCGGAGGCGCAGUGCACAAGGGCACUGAUUUCCGAAAGCGUAUAAACAUGAACUUGCACGUCUUUCGUAACCUUAACAAGGGAAUAGAACCUGGAAAGAACCAAAUCAGUAAGCCGGGAUACUACACGCAUUCCUCUUUCUUACGCAGUAGAUUCAACGUCUACGGCCUUGAUUGGAGCAAGAAAUGGAUCACCUGGACUUUUAACGGCCGUGCUAUUCGAAGAGAGAGAAAUAAGUAUUGGAGGCAGGCCAUUCCAAUGAAGUUUGAUGUCGAAACAAUGCCCAACUGGUUUGGCCUUCCCUCAGAGCAAACGCUUCCUGCAACCUACAAAAUCAAGUACAUUAGAACAUGGUCUCGAACACCGGCUUCUGACAGUAGUAACGUUCCGUCCGUCAGAAAUUCCAUUCGGCAGUCGAGUCCAUCUCGGCUUGGUGAAAUGUUUGGAUUCAACAGCCCUGCCUUCCAAGCACCUCCUCCUUCGGAAGAAGAGGAUGAAGAUGAAGACGACGAAGAAGCGGACGGCGCUGAAACUGAAGUGUUUCCGAUUGAACCUCAAACCAAUGCACCCCAAGAUGGACUUCAAAGACCACCCAUUCCAGGAAGUAACGAAGUCGUCUACAGCCCUGUUCUUCCAGCCGCUGGAUGGACUUGGCAAGGGAUGGUUCAAAAACAAAAUCAAGUCCUAGACGACGUCUUCGGCGCUGAAAUUGUGCCUGGGGAAGGGAUUAAUGUGGCAGACUUCGACGAAGAAUUGUUGAUGUUUGCAAAUCCUGGUCCUACAUCGCCAGCUCAGCAGCCAACGGGACUUCCUAACGCCCAGGACACGCCUGUGCAAACCCUUUCUUCACCCUCGGUUCCGCAACAAGCUCCGGCUCCCGGGUCAACUAUCAGCGAACUAAAGAAUGGGAAGGUUGGCUUCAAGCCAUCUAUCCAACCAUUGCAAUGA